AUGGCGAUGGCGAUGCGGGUGGAAUCCGUGGAGGAGGCGAAGCAGGCCGCCGUCAUCCUGCCCGCGGCGUCGCAGGAGCAGCGCCGGGUGUUCCCGGCGGGGAUGCUCAAGCUGUUCCUGGGGCUCAUGCUGUUCGGCGUGGUGGUGGGGCUGUCCGCGUUCGGCGUGUUCCUGGCGCGGCACGCGGGGGAGGUGGCGGCUGUCGCGCCCGCGCUGUUCCGGCCGUGCCUCGGGGCGGCGGCUGCGGAGCCGGAGCCGGAGGAGGGGCUGGAGCGGUGGACCCGCCCCCCGGCUCGCGCGCAGCACGCGAUGACGGACGAGGAGCUGCUCUGGCUCGCGUCGUACGCGCCGCGGGCGCGCGGCCGGAGCGGGUACCCGUUCCGGCGCGUGCCCAAGGUGGCGUUCAUGUUCCUCACGCACGGCCCGCUGCCGCUGGCGCCGCUCUGGGAGCGCUUCUUCCGGGGGAACGAGGGCCGCUACUCCAUCUACGUCCACACGAUGCCUUUGUACCGCGCCAACUUCACCGCCGACUCCGUCUUCUACCGUCGCCAAAUCCCUAGUAAGGCUGUGCAAUGGGGUCAGAUGACUAUGUGUGAUGCUGAGAGACGUCUGCUUGCCAACGCUCUACUGGACAUAUCCAACGAGUGGUUUGUGCUGGUGUCCGAGUCAUGCAUUCCUCUGUUUGAUUUCAACACGACCUACGAGUAUUUCCAGAAUUCAAGCCAUAGCUUCGUCAUGUCGAUCGAUGAUCCUGGAAGAGAUGGGAGAGGCCGGUACAGCCUGAACAUGGUGCCCGAGGUCGAGCUCGAACAAUGGCGCAAAGGUUGGCAGUGGUUCGAAGCCGACAGAGACCUCGCCGUUGCGAUUGUCGAGGACACGGUGUAUUACCCAAAAUUCAAGCAGUUCUGCAGGCCUGGAUGCUAUGCCGAUGAGCACUACAUCCAGACGAUGCUCAAGAUCGAAGCUCCGCAUAAACUGGCCAACAGGACCGCCACCUGGGUGGAUUGGUCGAGAGGGGGUCCAAACUCGGCACAUCCAGCCACGUUUGGCAGGGGUGACAUCACGGAGGAGUUCUUGAAGGGGGUUCGAGAGGGCGAGACCUGUCUAUACAAUGGUCAGAACACGACGUUGUGCUACUUGUUUGCUCGGAAGUUUGCUCCGAGUGCAUUGCAGCCAUUGUUAGAGUUAGCACCCACUGUGCUUGGUUUUGGUUAA